UGCGUAAAACGACUAUUCUUGACCCUUGGUUGACCUCUGACCGGAAACCCGUCGCGGGGGUGCGUGAUUGCGACCACGUGGAUUAUGGAGGCACUAACGGUUCCUCCCCUGCCAUCGAUGGGGCGGAAGCGGGUAACAACACGAGGCGGUGUCCCUCAGCUCACCACCAAAAGCUCUACAGAUCUAUUACCAAUCGAAAUGCGCAUUGGGACGAGUAAGGACGCCCAACCAGCAGCUAUCGUCAAACAGCGACAGGUCCAACGCCUUGAAGUGCCUGGCGAACCAACCCGUAGGAAAUCUUCCACAGACAUCGAACACCAACGAAGGGCAGCAGAGAUGCACUUUGAAGCAACCACUGUCGUAGAAGGCGGCAUUUAUAUCAGAUGCGCGCUGAAUGACAUGGAAACGUUUGCCCAGUUGAGUACAGCGAGUUUGAAAAGCGGAGUCCCGACAGAAAAGGCCAAGCUGCAUGGAGUCUCAAGAAACGUCAAGACGAACAACGGUCGACAGACAGCAGCCUUACGUCUUGGUCCGAUGCUACUACAGACACCGUUUGAGAUCCUUGAAAAUAACGAUUCAAAAGCCUUGCCCGUUAUUGGAAUAGAUGUCUUACGGAGGUGUAGGUGUGUGAUUGACAUGGACCGGUCCCUUUUAACGAUAGGUGGGGAUCUUGGCGGCGCCAUCCCUCUCCUUUCAGAAGACGAUGUUUUCCACGAUUCCAGAUUGGUACGGUCCAAGUCCUCCUUAAUCUGACAUUCAAGACAUGCGAUUGUGACGAUACCAUUUUGCCCAACAGGGGUGCGUUCAAUUUGAAUUAGCAUUUGUUUGAGGAACUGAAUUUGUCUGCAUGAAUCGGACACACAGUCGUCAGAGAAUAAAUGGGAUCAGUUGCUCUUGAAAAGUGUAUUCAACUGUCUUAUCGAUGUCAUAAAGCUCCGGAAGUUCGAAGUUUUGCACUUAACGUUAAAAUCAUACUGUCUUUUAAUAUGUACAGUGGUGCUAAAAGUGACCAGAAAACGAACACAUUUCAAGUGUUCAAGUUCUGCCAUGUUUUAGAUACUUAGUUGUGAAAUAAGGUGAUAAAAUAUAACAUCCAAUAAAAAUUGUUUCUCUGGGCUCACCAAUCAUUGAUUGUUGUGUUGUUGUCUCCAUUCAACAUUCAGCAUGAAGGAGUGUAUUAUUUUCUGUUGGGGCUCACAAACUCUUUAGCACCACUGUACAUGUAUAUGUAAAAGUUUUUAGAGAGUAGAAGAAUAUAUGUAGUCUGCUGUGCAAAUCCUUCAUUCGAGUUAAGGGUCUGAAUAUGCAGCCUACUCAUGCCUUGUGUACUCAAGGCCCUCUCGCUGAAUUGAAACGGCAAGUAAGAAGUUUUGGAUGCUAGUCUUUGCGUGGAGACGCACAUUCAAUCGGGGUCUGUGUGUGCAGACUAGGAUAUAUUUACGUUGCAUGUUAUUUGUGAUGGUUUUAAAAACAACAGAGUACAUGUAUUGUGUUUUUGUGUAUCAUUUUAUAUUGUCAUGUUUCCUAAAAAAAGCUUUCAGUCUCUUUCAACAUAAUUCUGCAUGGUAACAAAUAAAUAUACUUCUAAAAUGCAUUUUGGAGACCAGAGAACAAAAGUAAUAUAUAUAUAAUAAUGAAUAAACAAAUGAAUAAAUGACUGAAUAAAAAGAUUAAUAAAUGAAUGAAAAAAUGAAUAAUUAAGAAAUUGGCACAAAUACAUUAAAGUCAAUUGGCACAAAUACAAUAAACUAAAUAUGUAAAUAAAUACAAAUAAAUGAAUAAUUUUAAAGAGGCACAAAUACCCCCCCCCAAAAAAAAAUAAAAAAAGAAGAAGAUAGAAUGCCAAAUUCAGGAAGUCAUUAACUUUCCCAACAAAGAAAUA